UCCCCACAGUCAUAUUCUAGCUGCGGCAAGUAACGGUACAUGCGGGCGCUUAUUGUUUGACUUUGAGUACAGUUUGAGAGGCGCGCUUGUGUUGCUGUCGCGUUUGCGUUUGGUCCUGCGACUAAAAAUAUAUAAACCCCAUAAAUAGACUGAAACCUUGAAAUAUUUUUAACAAGAUGCCCGCUCAGAAGAAAUCCAUUUGGCGCACGGGCUGCAAUCGUGGAUACAUCACAUGCAUCUCUGGAUUUCUGCUGACCGUGCUGGGCAUUUACUGCGGCAUGUUCUGGGAGGAUAUAUUCAAUUGGAUCAAGCAUAAGGAAAUGGCAUUAGCGCCAGAGACACGCGCCUAUUACAAUUGGAAGACGCCGCCCAUUGACUUGCAUUUGGAUAUUUAUCUGUACAACUGGACAAAUCCCGAGGAGUUCUAUGGCAACUCAAGCAGCAAGCCAGUUUUAGAGCAACUGGGUCCCUAUCGCUUUGUGGAUCGUCCGGACAAGGUCAACAUAAGCUGGCAUCCGGAUAAUAAUACAGUUACAUAUAAGCGACGCAACUUUUACUAUUUCGAUGCAGCAGGUAGCGCUGGCAGCUUGGAUGACGUCAUUGUUACACUUAAUGCUGUGGCUUUGUCCGCUGCUGCGACGGCAAAGCAGUGGAACAGCAUGCGUCGCAGCAUGGUCGAUGUGGGUUUGAAGCUCUAUGGCCAGCAGAUGUCCGUAGUCAAAACUGUCGAUGAGAUACUCUUCACUGGCUACAGCGAUGCAAUGAUCGAUAUGGCCAUAGCCAUGCCCUCGGGCAUGUUUGGCGAUGAGAUCAAUGUGCCGUUUGAUAAGUUUGGCUGGUUCUACACACGCAAUGGCAGCGCUGAUCUGACGGGCGUCUUUAAUGUCUUUACGGGCGCUGAUGAGAUCAGCAAACUGGGACAAAUGCACAGCUGGAACUAUAAGACGCAUACGGGUUUCUUUGAAUCCGAUUGUGGUUUGGUUGGCGGCUCUGCCGGCGAGUUUCAGCCACCGCAAGCGCAGCCCGGCGGCAGUGUCAGUCUCUUUACGGCGGAUUUGUGUCGCAGCUUGCCUUUGGACUAUGUGGAAACUGUGCAGAUUGAGGGACUGAAGGGCUACAAAUUUGCUGGCGGCCCACGCUCCGUGGAUAAUGGCACACUUUUCCCCGAGAAUCUUUGCUAUUGCGGCGGCGAGUGCUCGCCAUCUGGCAUUAUGAACAUUAGCGCCUGUCGCUUUGACUCACCUGUGUUCAUGUCCUAUCCACAUUUCUAUCAGGCAGAUCAGUUCUAUGUGGAUCAGGUAGAGGGACUGCAGCCAGAUCAGCAGGCACAUGAAUUCUAUAUGAUUGUGGCGCCAGAUACGGGCAUACCGCUGGAGGUGGCCGCACGUUUCCAGGUCAAUAUGCUGGUGGAGCCCAUCGAUGGCAUUAGCUUGUAUACGGAUAUACCGCGCAUAUUCUUUCCGCUGAUUUGGUUUGAGCAAAAGGUGCGCAUUACACCGGAGCUGGCGGAUCAGUUGAAACUGCUGCCCAUGGUGCUGUUGGGCGGGCACAUCUUUGCCGGCUUCUGCUUGGCUAUUGGACUCAUACUGCUCUGCUGGCUGCCAAUGAAGCUGCUGUUGUCGCUCUGUCGCAGCAGAGAGUACGAUGUGAAGAUGCAGCACAAGACCAAUGGACAGUACAAGAGUCGCGAUGACAGCAGCAGCGAGAAGUUGCCAGCGGAUAGCGAGAAGAUUGCGCCGGACAGUUCGCCACUGCUGGAUGAGGCACAGCGCAAGCUGCCAGUGCUCAUCAAUAGCCCCACCAAGGAUAGCGGAAUUAGCAUGCAGCUGAAGGAAACGCCCUAGGCAAACAGCUCAAUGCUCAUCCCGCUCCCCCCUUAGCCCGUAAGCCGUCCUAGUGCUUUAGCCUUUAGUCUCUAGUGUAGUCUCUUCUCCCUCUCAAUGUGUGUGUUUGAGCCAAAGAUUGUGAAAUUGCCUAAAUCUUAUGAAUACUCCUUAAUCAAAAAUUAAACUAUGUAAUGCUCUAGCUCGUAACGAAUUUUGUAUUGCAAAUGUUUGUUAGCCAUAAAGAAAACAAAUUUAUAUGUAUUUACUCUAAAUGAAUAAAAA